AUGCCGCCCACCGAGGACAUACAGUACGCACCGCCUGGAUCGUAUCUAGCUUACAAGCGCAAUUCGAAACUCCUGCUUUGUUGGAUUGUCCGCACUGUUCAAUCAAUUAUCAAAUUUUGGGAAACGACUCGGCAACAUGAUCUUAACCUGACCUUGUUGGAAGUUCCCAGCGCUGGUCUACCAGGGCAGAAACGACCGAAAGAGUUGCUUGCUAAUCCAGGCCGAGCGGGAUUCUUUAACCGGUCCAGACUCUACAACUUUUGCAGGUUCAUUAGCCUCCAUGUGGAUGUUAUCCCACCUUCUAUUCUGGCCUUGUUCCUUCAUAUCAUCCACACAAGAGUCACUGCUUUGACUACAUGGCAGGCGCUCGCAGCCAGGCGCCCACGCCCCGAAGAGAUGGAGAAUUUCCGAACGCUUGAGACUGAUAUUCGCGCCUUUUGGGUGGCCUUCAAUGGCCUCAGAGGCUUUCAUUGGAUGUCAACUUCCCCGGGAGAGCAAGAGGUUUCGUCCAUUUUGAAGUACAACACACCGGAGACCGAAGAAGAUAUCAAUUAUUUGGUCCCCGACAGAUUUCCCAUCCGCUUUCAUCCUGAAGCUGAGAAAGGCAAGCCCGGGCGUCGCAACAAGUCAAAGACACCAGAAAAGGAAGCCAAAUUCAACAAGAUCAAGGACAGUCUCCCGCCUGAUGACUUCCCACUAAGUCACUUUGACAUCGAUGACCCUUGCUAUACGAACGGCCGUUUCAACUCCGAAGGGAACGCCUGGGGUAUGGCAGCUUACGACCUGUUCAAGGAGUUCAUGCACCUCAGAAACUUUCUCCACGAUACCUGGGUAGAGGUUGUCUUCGAUGGCCUCAACAGCACCGUGGCCGGGGCAAUUGGUAUUGCGGCCAUGAAUUUGAUUGUCAAAUACCGUCACGACAAUAUUCCUGAAGAAUUAGGUUACAUCAGCAUGAUCGACUACUUAACGGGUUAUCAAAAUCCUGAUGAUAAUGUUCAACCAUUUUUUGCGUCCGUCUACCGCGUUCAUGGCGAUGGCUCAUGUUCAGGAAAGACUGAAAAUCAGAGUGUGGAUAUGAAGGAACAGUUCAUGAUAUACACGUUCGAAUCGCUUUUUGAGUUCCUUUCCGAUUUUCGCACCACACAAACCGGAAAGCCCACCGAGCGCAUGGCAAAGCUUCUCCAGAGCUGGGAUUCCAGCGCCGACCUAAUGGUACUUACAAAGGAAGAAUACCUACAGUGGCGUCAUCUAUAUACCAUCAAGCUUCUUUACUCGCUUUUUGACGAAUAUGUUGCCCCUAUAUUGAAAUCGAAAGAAUUCGACGGAGAUUGGGAAAAUGUCAUCUGGGGCCCAAAAGGCCCAUCCGAAGAUGACUUGAGUGGAUCAGGUUCAUAUCAGCAUAGAGCCUUCUUGUCCAGCAUCAUUAAACUUGCCAUGGAAAAACCCUCGUCCACCGGUGAAUCAACUCGACACAACAUUCAGCCUACCACAGUCUUCAUACUACAACACAUGGUGGAUUCCUUUACUGUGUCAAGGGGCUGGAUGAAUAACCCUCUCUGGGGGCCUAUUUUUGUCCAGCCGCCUUCUUCCGAUGACUUCUUUCCCGCACGUGAUUUGGCGCUGUUCUUGGGUGUCAAGCUUGACGACUCUAUGAAUCUUGGGCCCGGGUUUUGGACUUCUUUACACUUGCUGGACGAAGAUCUACGUACUGGAGAGGACCAGAAAAUCGAGCAGACCCAUUUUCUAAAGCAUGCGGCUAGAGUUUGCUCCGCUGCCCUGGAGUUUCGCUCCACAAGACAGGACCAAGGCGCGGGUUCAAAUUUCCUGUGGGGUUGCUCCCCCUUCCAUUGCGCUGAAGUCCUUGUGCAGAGCCUGACAAAUUUCGAUCAUAUCUCCAGAGUACUCUACCCUGGUUUCACGAAUGAGCCUGUACUCCUGGUACACUUAGUUGAAAGGAUCGGACGCCUAGAGAAUCUGCAAAGAUUCAUGGAGGACACUACCGCCGGUGAAGAGAAACGGGCCAUGCAGGUCAAGGGGCAUGGCUCAAGCAACAAUCACAGAUUUAUCAUCAAAGGUGGCCGUGACCGGGCGAAGACAAUCAUGGAAGGAAUACAGGCCGUCGACUUCAAGCUCAAUGAAUUAGUUCCUGGAAAGCUGCUCGAAGGGCCGGGUGGCAGCAAGGUCGUGGUGAACUUUCGCGAUGUCCUUGAACUGUUGAAGACCGAGGUCAUCAUCGGCGUACAUGGCAGUCAUUGCCUUGACGCUGUGAACCGCUUGUGGGUUACUGCGCGGUCGAUUAUUCUGUUCCAUUCCAUCGAGAGACAACUGGCCGCUGCGAAGGACCCGUUGUAUCUAAGCAUAUACGGAGACCCCGACACGAAGGAGGUUGAAAACUCAAAGAAGGACGAAAUUGGUGGGAAUGGAGGGGGGCGAGAGAAUGCCUUAGCUACCAAGCGUGUGCGUCUCACAAUGCGUCUCUUGUCGCGUGAACUGAAACCGCCUGGGACGAAGACCGCGAUAGAGAUUGCCGUUAAAGCGUUUGAGGACGAGAAGCUUACCAACUUUCCGUGCACGUACUGGGGGGAUGAGGCAGACUUGGGAAUGAAGAGCGAUGAUGGCAUAAUACAGCGUCUGGAGAAGGGGCUAGCAAGUGUAUCAUGUCCGUUCAUGUAACAUUGUCAAGGAAUCGUUCUGUAUAAUAGUGGCGAAAGCCAGUGUUGUCGUAUAAAAUGGGCUUCACAGCGAAACAAAAUUGUAAUCAAGUUCUUUUGAUAGACUUCCAUGUAU